CCUGCCCUAGUGUAAAUGAAUGUAUAUUGAUUGUCCUCCACCUCUCUGUCUCGUCCGUUUUUUCUAAACAGAACAGAAUACUUUUUCCCUCUGCCCCCAAAACGAGAAUAUUAACGCCAUUUUCUGUAUCUUCAUUAUUUCCGUCCUCGGAUACAUUUCUUUCUUUUUUUGCCGUCCUUUUAAUUGAACGAGUUUAAAAGCAUAAUUAGCAUUUCAAUCUUUCCUACAGUCUCCCUCCGUCCUCCUCCUCGCUCUCGCUCUCUCUCUCUCUCUCUCUCUCUCUGACUCUACAUGUCUCUGUCGCUAAGGCAACCAAUGCCUUUUCCUACUCGCUCUCUAUAUCUCCCCCUUUCUCACUGUCUCCCUCAUUCCCUCUCUCUUCAGCCAGAGAGAGAGAGAUGAUCGGAGGAGUUGGGGCUCAGUGAACAGAACGAAGCGAUGGAGAGAUGCUCCAUCUCUCCUGUCAAACGACUGACCGCCCACCGCUGCCUUUUCUUCCUCCUGGUUGCCGCGGUGACGCGACCCUCAACCUGUAACCGUGACGACGAGGGCGAGGGGCAGGUGGAGGCCUUCUCAGCCCAGCUGUCCGUCACAGGACAGGUCACACCCACCCCUAUUUGGUCCGUGGACUGGGGCCCCACACUAGCCCUGGAGGACGAGACGCAUCACUUCCUGUCCAGCCAGGAAGCGGACCUGUACCACCAUGGCCAUGAAGUCCCCACGACAACCGCUGAGGCCUGGCUGCAUCAUCAGAGUGCACCGGGCGGCGUUUUGCCCCAGGAGCCCCUGGAUCUGCUGGAGGCCCCGGACGCAGAGGGAGUGGCGGAUGGAGGAAGUGAGGCGGAGGAGAGAGAGCCUGAGGAAGUGGACCCUCAGUUUUAUGUCACAGUGACCAUCUCCUCUCUGCUCAUCCUGACUGCUGUCAUCAUAACAGCCAAACUCUGUUACGACCGCAGCUGUUCCCAGCACCCACCCCCGCUUUCCCGUGGCGUGGCCCCCCCCCUUUCUCUAGCCCUCCCUCGUUCCCUGGCUCUGGAGGACAGCCGGCAGACACUGCACGGCACCCCCUCCUUUACCGACAGGGAGAGGAUCCCCGUGGUGAACCUCUAAGGCGGCCGCUUUUGAAUUGAUACACAUUUCGACGGGAUGCGACGGAGAACAUCGACACCGCCAGAGGGUGUGCCCACCGUGGCCCACCGCGUUCUUCUAUUUAUCUUUGACUGUGAAAAUGAAAAUCAGGAAACCAGGUAUCCAGCCAUGGCAAAACCUACUUUUCCCUCCAUCUCUUCCUCCUGAAGGAGAAAAGCCCGAUCUCAUCCCGUCCUUCCUGCUGCCAUCCUCCUACGCCUCUUUUCUCCACUUUCCUAUGGCUCUCUGUCAUUGUCGACUGACCAAACCUUCCGAUCUGUUUUAUAUUCCGUUCUGUACUGCCCCAGGCUGUAGCAGCAACACACGUACAUCUCCCCUCCACUUUAUCCUCUUUGACUAAUUCACAAGCAAACAGUGUUAGAUAUCAAUAGAAUGUUUUAUUCCCGCCGGUGCCAAAACCGCAUAGCUAUAUGGGGCUGUUUGGAAUAUUUCAUACAGCUAUCUUGUUUAGCUGAACCUUGAACUAUGAUGAAAUAGUGGACUUGGUUGUUGAAACUUAGUUGAAAGUGAAAUAUGUGUGUUAUCUGAAACUGAAAUGUAGGUGUUCAGCUAGCUGGUGAAGGGUUAAAACAAUCCCCGUUUCCUAGGACUGAAGGGGGUAUUUCACAAAGCUGGUUGGCAAUGUUGUCGCCAGCAGCCAAUGUGCUUAACACGACACGGUCCAAAAAUCACUGUUUACUCCCGCUUGGAAUGCAAAUAGGCCCACUGCAGCUUCCACAUUCGCAAUGUGUUUUCUGGGUGUUUUUUAUUCCCAAAAUGAUUCUCUUCAUUUGUUCCUUUAAUUUUCUCGCUUCUUUGCCGGUUCUCUUUGUUGUGCCUUUGUGAGCGUGUUAUUUUGUCUCUGGAGCAUGGGGAUGAGCAGUGUUUAUAUAGUACUGCUCUAUAUAGGGUUGUGAAAUUCUGUAAUUUUCCCAAAAUUCCCAGGUUUUCCAGGUUUUGGGUCAAGAUUCCUGGAAUUAGGAGGGAAGGAAAUACAGGAAUUUCCCAACUGGGAUUUCUGGAAAACCAGGGAAUUUGCGGAAAGUUUUCCUUGUUGUAUAUGAAAAUAGUGGUGCAAACAAUGUGCAAUACGUGUUUGCAUAUAUUGCAAUCAGUACAAUCAAACGAUACAUGUGGUACAAUCAAUGGUGGUUGCAGGUUAACAUAAUGGGUAUAAAUGAUUCAGUCCAGAAUUAAUGACUCAUUUUUACCAUCAUCUGUUGUUUCUAUCGAAAUUCUGCUCUGACUUCAAAGCGUACACUACUGUUUACUGUAGGAUAUUAGGGUAAUGUACCUGUCCAACUCUUCCACCAGCUUUGAGAAAUGACCCUCUGGACUUCCACUACACUAGUACACAUAGUGUUGUGACAUCAUACGUGACUCGUGUCGUUCUGCAGUCUAGUGUUCCUUGGUUCUCAGUAGCAUUCCUGUAGACGUGUGGUUCCACUGUAUGAUGGAAAAACAAUAAAAACUCAACACUGGUGUUUUA